AUGCCCGCACCCGACUGCAGAGCCGGCACUCCUAGCGACCUUCCUCUACGUCCUGUCCUCGCUCCUCUCCAUGCCGCUCCCCCGCGCUGCACUCUCUGCCUCCCCCGCGCCCUCCUCCAUCCUCCAUCACCACCACAUCCGAGCGGGCAGUCAUCUUCCUCCCUCUCCACCGUGCUCACCGACGGUCGCGCAGGAGAGGGAGUCGGGCCUCCAGUUGCUUCGUCUUCCUGGGCCGUCCUUGUCCUUGCGAAGCGCCACACCUGCGACUCCCUGCGUCACGAGCCGCAGCUCGGGGCUCGGAUCCGGCCGCAGACGCCGUGCCUUCUCUACACCAACGCGUCCUCCGGCGCGAGCGCCGCGGGCCUCUACAGCCUCGCAGAGGAGAAGCCGUACACGCUCGCUCUCCCGGACCCUCCUAUCCGCAGCUGCUACCUCAUCGGCUCGGCCUACGGCUGGAUCGUCACCGUCGACAGGAGGUCCGAGCUCCACCUCCUCAACCCCAUCACGGGUGACCAGAUCGACCUCCAGUCCGUCACCACCAUCGAUCUGGUCAAGCCACUCCGCGACUGUCACGGUGCUGUUCGCCUGUACGAGUACUCAUGGUACACUGCAACCCACACAGAACGCUCAACGCCAUCAGUCUUUCGCCUUCACAAGCUGCGGGACUAUGUCUUUCAGAAGGCGUUCUUGUCCAACGAUCUGUCCACUGGAGCCUACACUGUUGUGCCCAUCCAUAACCCGUACUGGCAGCUCUCGUUCGCGAGAGCCGGGGAUGACCACUGGACUUGGUUGCCAGACGGUGUUAUGUAUGCAGAUUGUGUCUUUAAGGACGAUGGCCUACUGUAUGCAAUGCGGGUUGAUGGUGAAAUCCACGCAUACGAUCUAAGUGACCCUGCAUUGAAACCACGAGUUGUCAUGGAUGGGUUUAAGGUCGGGCCUGGUGGAAUCUACAUUGUCCAAGCUCCAUGUGGUGAUCUGCUGCAAAUUCACAGGGAUCUUGAGUAUCCUGAUGAGGAGGAUGAAGAGGUGCCUGGUGACGAACCUGACUUAGACCCACCAGACGAUGAUGAGUAUUUCUCAGAACCGGACAGGGCUACAUCAGAAUAUGAUGCAGAACCGGCGUGGUGGAGCGUAUCAGAAGAUGGUGCAGAACCAGAGUUAGACUCUGCCACUUCACGAAAAGGUUGUGUUCAAAGUAUAUAG